AUGACUCAACUGGGCAAUCACGAGGUGAUGGCAGUGAUGGGCAAUGGGAACAUCCUUCUUAUUGUGUUCAUGGGUGCCACCCUGGCAGAGCGCAGACAAUGUUAUCAGCAGUUAACACCCACCUUCGGGCAGCUACACAACAUCAGCCAAUCUUUCACGCUGCCAAACCAACAACCCAGCUCACCACAAACCCUGUGGACUGGAAGGUCUGACAUCGAUCCCCAUCAACUCAGUUCACUGUUGUUGAGUGCUAACACUUCAAUUCACGCCAUUGCAGGUCUUUUCGAGCUCUGGACUAUUGUAAGAUACAUUAUUCUUUUCUUCGACUCUGGGAAGCUUCAGUUUGCCACCGCGACCAGUAUGCACUUGCAGGGGCAGGAGGGGGAUUUGGAAAGGUGGUGUAGGGAGUUUGUUGAAGGGGCCCAUCAGGAGGUAUGGAUGUGUCCACACUGCAUGUGGAUGGCCGAGGAUUGCUAG